AUGCAGGCUUCUGCCGGUUCACCCGGCAGUGCUUGCGGCGAGAGCCCUCCGUGUCAAAGUUUUCCAGUGGGAGCUGAAGAAGUUGCGUCUUGCGCGUGGGAUGAGGCUGAGCUGGUGGGGACUGUUCCAGGUGGCGCCUUACCAGAAUCGGUCGCAGGAGCUGCUGCUGCUGAGACUGCGGAGGAUAUGGGAGAUGGCAUGUGUGGAUGGGAGUGCGUCGAAGACACGAGCAGCGAUAUGAGCGAGCCAUGGUUAGAGGACGGCGAUUCGGCGGCAGCAGACGUGAUAACUUCCGCAUGUGCGGAUUGGUGCGCGCACGAGGCUGCCGGCGAAGCAGAGGCUGAUCCACUCGCCUCUUUCUUUGCCCAGCUCGUUUCCUCGCAUUCGCUAGCCGAGCUAGCAGGGGAAAGUACGGAGGGCCCUUCUGACCCGCCGGAUAUGCAAGCGAGGCCUUCUGAGCAUACCCACAAUGCAAGCCUCACAUUAGAGGACGAUUGCCCCGAAGGAGAGUCCUCCGACUCUGCCGAGCUGACAGCAGAGGGGGACAAUGCCGAGGAGCCGCACACAAAGCCCAGGCACGAAGCUUGUCGAGCGGACAGCGGUUUACGACGCGUGCAGACACUCUGUAUGGGGAAGACAGUUGCUGAUACUAUCGAUCCUGAGUUGCGUGCGUAUUUCGCCGCCUCCCUAAAAAGAAAUAACUUUCCUCACAUCCUUGGCAGUCUGCGAGCGGCCAUCUUGAGAAGUCCCGAAGUUUUCGGAUUUUAUGGCGAUGGCUCCAUCGAGGCCGAGGCAUCAGCUGGGAGGCCUUUUGGGGCGCUGCAUACUGCGUGCAGUGGGGCCUGUCUCUCGGAUAGGCAGGGAAGGGGUGCAGGAGUGGAUCUUCAGGAGCAGCAGCAGCAGCAGCAAUACCGGCUCACGGGUGUCAAUGAUGCGAUGCACGUAGCAGAAGAAAUGGAGAAGAGGACGGAUGGCUACCUUUUCUUGGGCGAGAGGGACGGGGCUGAGGGGCUGUUGCCGCCGGCAGUGUCUGUGUCCGGUGACUUUUGCAGAGUUAAUCCACGCGUUGCUGUUCGUUGGUUGGCGCAGACGCAGAUGGAAAGUAUGUUGGAGGGUGGGCAUCCGCAGCAGCAGCUGAAGGAACAACAACAGCAGCGAAAGAUUGGGGAGAGGCUCUGUGAGCGGCUUGUGGGGACCUCAUGGGCUCAGCUGGCGUGCCUGGUGCCCCCCAAGGCUCUCUGCAGCAAACCAGCAGCAAUUGCAAAUCCUGCACGGGAGGAAAUGCAACUGGCAGCGGCGCAGCUUGCGAAGGGUCUUAACAAUGAACAAAUGCACGCCUUGAAACGCCUCCUUCAGGCCUGGUAUUUCUCAGGGUUCUUCGCGGGCCAAUUACACACGACUGCCAGCGGCAGUUGA